GAGAUCCCGUUGCUCGGUCCCUGCUCCUGCCAACCUAGCAGUUCGAAAGCACGUCAAAGUGCAAGUAGAUAAAUAGGGAAGGUAAACGGUGUUUCCGUGCGCUGCUCUGGUUUGCCAGAAGCUGCUUAGUCAUGCUGGCCACAUGACCUGGAAGCUGUACGCCAGCUCCCUCGGCCAAUAAAACGAGAUGAGCACCUCAACCCCAGAGUCGGUCACGACUGGACCUAAUGAUCUGGGGUCCUUUUACCUUUACCUUUUACUUAAAAGCCAGAUUCUUGAUUUGAGGUGUGUAAGACAGAGCUGAACCAAUAGUUCUUAAAUAAUGUAUUUUUCUGAGAAAGUUUCUGAGAUUCUUCUUUACACACACACACACACACACACACAAAGACAUAACUUUCUUUGUAGCAGUAGGCCUCAGCAUCUGCUUUGCAUGGCCCUUGUGCUUCUGCCAGGUCAGGUUGCAGUAAAGCCCUAAUUCACUGAAGGGAGUUUGUGGAAGGAAAGUUUCUGGUUGGAGGUCCGCCCAAACAAUGUAUGAUAGAGCAUAGAGAACUGCAGGAGGGGAGAGAGAAAGGGGAACUUUUCCCUCCCAUGAUCAUCCUUAAGUUAUCUUAAGAUCCUCAUCUGAUUUGCGGCAGUUCUUUCAGCAGCCCCUCACAUCAUGGCCAUUCAGAGGCUUUUGGCAUGUGCAGGUGGCUGGGGGUUUGGGAGAGACAGGCAACUUCCUUAGGAACAUAGCAAGCUGUCUUAAAGCGAGUCAGGCAGGCCAUUGGUGCAUCUCCUUCAGUGUGGUCUACACUGACUAGCAACAGCUUCUCCGGUGUUUCAGGCAGAGAUGCUGCAUGUGAAACAGAUGUCGUCUCACUGAGCUGGUUAACCUAUCUUAGGGUCCAAGCUGCUGAGCUCACCCAUCCUGCCCCACCUCGAAACAUCCACGAACACAUACAAACAAACGUUGAAUGAUUGAAACGAGCUUUAUUCAAGAGUUGCUGUGUGUGUGUGUGUGAUUCUGAACGGUGCAUACCUCUUUGCUCUUAAUAAAGUGCCUUCUGUUUGGGGCUAAUCCAAGAACAGCAGAAGUCAAGGAAUAGAAAUAUUGACACUGGCAGUUGUCCCACCAUAGCAUCUUAUGGACUGUAAGGUUCAUAGAAAUUGCUUCUUUUGAGUUGGGCGGGGUGGGGUACAGAGAGAGAAUUUAAUGUUCUGAGUAGCGUUGGUUAUAGUGCAGAUCGAAUGGCCUUUCAUCGUGUCAGAAGCUUAGUAAUACAUCUAAGGAGCAUUUCCAUCUUAAAAACACACCCUUUGCAUCUUAAACAUCAGAAAAAAGUUGUCAUACCAAAUGACCUAGCUUUCUUUGGUCUUCUUGUGGAAACUCAGCAUCUAAUCAUAUCAGUGACCAGACACAAAGUGUUGCUUGUACAACAGGUCACAGUCUUUUUGUGGCAUGUCUAAACUGAACAGGGUCUGGCUGUGGCACAGUUGGACCCUACAUUCCUGCUUGACUCCACAGUGAUCACCAGCUCAGUACUUAAGAGGCAAAACUACACUAAAGGGUUUGUGUGAUGGCUUCAGAUUAGAUAGAUAGAUAGAUCUAUCUGGUGUCUCAUCCUUUAGACUUGCAGCACCAUUGCAAGAAAAGAAAAGAAAAGAAGGGAGGGCCAGUCAUUAUCUUAGGGCCAAGCUGUAUGUGAUGUUGUGCCCGGGGCGGGAGUAAUCCUGUGUAACAUGUUUCCUUAUAUUUUGUAAACAAAGCGGUGAACUUUGAACUGGCCGAGCUUGCCUAAGACUUGUUUGCAAUUGGCAUCCAUUCAUUCCUACUGAUGAAAUGAAGAAAUUGGGGGGGGGGAAUCCUGAACACAUUUUGUGGUGUCACUAUUUAUUCUCCAAUGGCAUGGAAUGAGGGCAUUUUACACAAUUAGUACCCCUUUUCCUUCUUAGGCAGUGCCCCAUCUAUCCUUCCUUUUUAAUUAUGAGUGCCUUUUCUCCCCACAGUUAUUCUUUAUAAAUAUGCACCUGUGCAUUUUAAAGUUUGCACAUUGCUUAUUUUGGCCGCAAUAAAAACCCAGGGGGACUUGGUAACUGCUAUCCUGGAAGUCAAUUAAAUCGCAGUCCCUUUGAAUCGCCUGGCCUCUUCUUCUCUUUCCUUAUUUUCUUUCUUACUUUCAGCACUAUGCAUAAAAUCUAUGGCAUGAUAUAUAGGUGUGUAGGUAAGGUUGUGCAAAUUCAGCAUUUAUUAGUUCACGGCAAGCAGGCGCAUUCCAGGAGGGGAAAACAGGAAAGCAAAAUUAUACUUGGAUGCGGAUUCAGUUUUAGGAACCAGAAGGCAGCCAAGCCAUUCAUAGUACAGGACCAGAUGUGGGCAGGAUAAACAGUGGGCAUUCUUCAAUCCAGAAUGCCUAGAGUGGCAUGGUUGUAGUUGUUCCCAUCCUGUUGUGGAUAGCACCUACACCUUUCUGGGCUGAUGAAGACACACUUCAUGAUGGAAUAUAUGUCAUCAGGAUUACAGUACAAUCCACACAGUUGUGGAUAGAAGAUGUAGACAUGAAUCAGGAGUGAGGAGCGGCAACCUGGUUAGCAUCCAUCUACCAUCUUCAGAGACAAUGGAGUGUGCAGCUGGGGAUGAGUAAGAAUAAUAAUAAUUUUAUUAUUUGUAUGCCGCCCAUCUGACUGGGUUGCCCUAGCCAUUCUGGGCGGCUCCCAACAGAAUAUUAAAACACAAUCAAACAUUAUAAACUUCCCUAAACAGGGCUGCCUUCAGAUAUCUUCCAAAAGUCAGAUUGUUUAUUUCCUUGACAUUUAAUGGAAGAACAUUCCCCAGGGCGGGUGCCACUACCAAGAAGGCCCUCUGCCUGGUUCCCUCACUUCUCACAAUGAGGGAACCACCAGAAGGCCCUCAGAGCUGGACCUCAGUGUCUGGACUGAAUGAUGUGGGUGGAGAUGUUCAUUCAGGUAUACCAGGCUAAGGCCGAUUAGGGCUUUAAAGGUCAGCAUCAACACUUUGGAUUGUGCUCGGAAAUGUAUUGGGAGCCAAGGUAGGUCUUUCAGGACUGGUGUUAUAUGGUCUCGGCAGCCACUCCCAAUCACCAGUCCAGCUGCCGCAUUCUGGAUUAGUUGUAGUUUCCGGGUCACCUUCAAAGGUAGCCCCAGGUAGAGCUCUUUGCAGUAGUCCAAGCGGGAGAUAACCAGAGUAUGUACCACUCUGGCAAGACAGUCUGUGGGCAGGUUGGGUCUCAGCCUGCAUACGAGGUGGAGCUGGUAGACAGCUGCCCAGGACACAGAAUUGACUGCGCCUCCAUGGACAGCUGUGAGUCCAAAAUGACUCCCAGGCUGCACACCUGGUCCUUCAGGGGCACAGUUACCGCAUUCAGGACCAGCGAGUCCCCGCACUGAAUUCAAACCACUGCAUUAGCAGCAGCAAAGUGACCUCCCCUGAGCUCAAGCCUGGGCAGGGUGUAUUAACUUCCUGGGCUGCCCCUCUCGGCCUUGCUGAUGUCAUCCAAAGGAAAGCAGAGCAAUACGUUCAGCACCAGCUUGGCUGCAGGUGUUUCCAAAAGGAGGUGUCCAAGGUGGCAUGCAACCACCUUAGGGACUCCACUUGAGAUUUGUGUAGGGUGUACUCUCUAGGUUUUUCUUCUCCCAAAGAUAUCCCAGAAGGCAGCAGAGGUUUAGGACCAGAGUUUUCUGUCUCCUAGGCUACCUUCCCAGGUUGACGAGCCCCAUCUGCUCCUCACUUCCUUCUACAGCACAUGCAGAAACCUCCUCCUUGACUGUUGGGCGCACUUUUGGUUUCAUCCACUCAAUCCUCUGGAGACCCAUCAGCAACCAUACUUCACUAAACAUAGAAAUAGAGUCUUGUUCAGGUAAAAAGAUAACUUGGCAAGGGCAGAACGGAACUCAAAAGGCCAGUAACAAGAACAGAGCACCUGUUACAAUUGCACACCUUCCAGUUCAUAGAAUAGAAUCAUAGAGUUGGAAGAGACCGCGGGGGCCAUCCAGUCCAACCCCCUGCCAAGCAGGAAAAACCAUCAAAGCAUUCCUGACAGAUGGCUGUCAAGCCUCUGCUUAAAGACCUCCAAAGAUAGAGACUCCACCACACUCCUUGGCAGCAAAUUCCACUGUCAAACAGCUCUUACUUUCAGUAAGUUGAUCCUAAUGUUUAGGUGGAAUCUUCUUUCUUGUAGCUUGAAUCCAUUGCUCCGUGUCUGCUUCUCUGGAGCAGCAGAAAACAACCUUUCUCCCUGCUCUAUAUGGCAUCAUUUAAUAUAUUUGAACAUGGCUAUCAUAUCACCCCUUAACCUUCUCUUCUCCAGGCUAAACAUGCCCAGCUCCCUAAGCCGUUCCUCAUAAGGCAUCGUUUCCAGGCCUUUGACCAUUUUGGUUGCCUCUGAUGCUUCUGCAAUGAAUUUGGGGAAAUUGAGAUUCUCUGAGAAGGGCUUGAGGAAAGGUUGUCUUGGCUUACAAGUGCACCACAGCUGCAAAGAAAUGAGCCAGGAUCAGCACUUGAUUCAUCCCUAUGGCAUAUUCUCUGGCAACUCCAUUAAUGUCCUUAAUGAUGGUAGCUGUGCUGUUGAGGAUUCAUUUGCCGGCAGCACAGCUAGUCUGCCAGUUGAGGCUUAGCAUCUAUCUUGUUCCUAGAAGUACCGGUACUAUGCCAUUGUUGUUCCAUUUAAUACAAACAAUGCGAAUUCGCUGCCAUCGCCUCCCUAAUAUAAAGCCUUUGCUGCAGAUCCAGAUUAAUGCAGAUCCAUAAAUGUUAUCUGGAAUGCAUUGCAGUUAUGCCAUCGCCUAUAAAGAAAUGACAUUUCAAAUGUAUCGCUAAGGAAGUUCUUUUAAUCCUCUUGACCACUUGGCAUUGUAGUCCGCAAAUAGAUAACUGCCAGACUAAAAGCUAUUUUAGUCCUUAACGAGUUUUUUUGAAGAGCCUUUGUGGAGUGAGGUUUUUGAAAAUCGUUAUUCACAGCUAUUUGCAGUUUUGCAUUUAUUGCACUCUGACCUCCCAUUUCCUCUUUCACCACGGAUUUUACAUUAAUAUCCUGUGAACAAAAUUCUCGGCAAAGUUCCCAAUCUCCCCUGAUGAGUUGUCUUUGUUUGUUUGCUUUUAAUCAUCUUGGUGGCCUCUUUCUGGUUUAUUUCAUUUUAUUUUAUUAUUUUUGGUCUUUUGCCGGCAGAGCUGCAGAUAAUGUAGGUGGCUUUAGGGAAAGCUGUACUGCAAAGGGAGUUUUCUAAUGGGCUCCGGUGGAUUUUAUGAGCUAUUUCAGAAUGUAAUAGCCUUGUCACAUUGAGCCAGAAAAUGAGGGAAGCCAUGUACUGCAUUAAAUAACUAAUUAUUUUGUCUCUAUCAGUCAUUAAAAGUUGAUGUUCAAUUAAGACUCAUCUGUGUUGCGUUGUAAUACCCAAAUGGUUCGUUCUCCAGCAAGUGCCAUAUAAUAGGAAACAUGGGUGUCAAGAGUGCAUAGUAGGGUGUGUUUGCAUGGGACUUUUGAGGGAAGCUUGUCAGAGAGACCUGGUUCCUUCCUGCGCCGUUGAGGAUGGAAUGAAGGCCAAAAUGAGCAGCCUCUUUGUUCCUCAGACAGACAAGAAAUCUUUUGAGGAAGCAGGGAUGAUAAUCUAAACUGGUACAGAAGGGAUGGAGAGCCUGUGGCCCUCCAGAUGUUUCUCACUAGCCCUGACGAUUGGCCAUGUUGGCUGUGGCUGAUGGGAGUUGGAAUCCGGCAACAUCUGGAGGACCACAUCGUGUAUUACAGCUAUUGGUGCAAGCAGACUUCCUUAGCUGGUGGAGGUAGCCUCCCCUCCACUUCCCUCCUUUGGUCAGAGGUGGUGGUACAUAAGCUGAAGCCUGAUCUCCUCCUGGUCAUGUGUCAUCAGCUGUGAGGUUAGGUACUAGUGGGCUCAUUUUUCCACAAGCCAGUUAUAUCCUGAACUGAAGCUAUCAUAGUCAGUCUCUCUCUCUCGUAAUAUUUUAUUCUUUUCCCCAUAUGGAAUGUUACAUUCAUUACUCAACAACUAUAUUCCAAUUAAAAACAACAACGAAUGACUUCCCACUCGCCCAACACCAAUGUUUAUAACCCAGAUUACAUACAAUUGCGCCUUUAAGGUCCCAUCUCAUCGACAACAUGUUUCUUAAUGUAUUCUGCUGUUUUCUUGCACUUGAAGCCCCGCUGUGGUCUUCGCAUGCAGGAAGUGACUUUUUAUAUAGACUAGAUAGGGUUUCCAUUUUUCUUUAAGAGAGGCUAAAUUUGUAUCUUUCAUCAGUGCCGUCCGUUUUGCCAUCUCUGCAUAUUUCCAAGAUUUUCAUCAGUCAUUCUUCCUUUGAAGGUGUUCUUCUUCCCUCCUUCCAUUUCUGAGCUUAGAGAAUCCUUGCCGCUCUAGUCGCAUACAUAAAUCCCGUUGAGGCUUCCUUUGGGAUUUUGCUGUAUAGUAUCCCCAGCAGGAAGGAUUCUGGCCUCUUGGGGAAAGCCUUCAUUGUCUUGUAAGUGUUUUCAUGGCAGCUUAGUGGCAACAUCUAGAUCAGCAUGGGCCGGGCUGUCUAGAAGUACAUGAAUGUAGAAUGCUUCUGCACCAUAUACAAGAAACUGCUUUCACUUAAGUGUGCAUGCACACGAAAGCUCAUACCUAUGACAAACUUAAUUGGUGUCAUGGUCCGGUCGGCGGGCGAGUGAAGCCCUGACUGAGGACGUCAGGACCAGAGGCAAGAUGGUGAUGUAGAAGCAGGAACAGGUGCAGGGCUGAGGGUCCAGCAGCUGGCAGUCGCAGGGUCAAGGAGCAAGGCAGAGGCAAAGGUCUGGGAGUCAAGGAGCAAGGCAAAGGUCCAAGGGUCGAGGAUCAAGGCGUUGGCAAGGCGAGGGUCCAAGGAGCAAGGUGUCGGUGAGGCAAGGGUCGAGGAUCAAGGCGUUGGCAAGGCGAGGGUCCAAGGAGCAAGGUGUCGGCGAGGCAAGGGUCGAGGAUCAAGGCGUUGGCAAGGCAAGGGUCCAAGGAGCAAGGUGUCGGCGAGGCAAGGGUCGAGGAUCAAGGCGUUGGCAAGGCGAGGGUCCAAGGAGCAAGCGGCCAGAUGCAACCAGACAGGGAUAGCAUUGCUGUGGCAAAGAGCUGAAGGGAAAUGCUGAGCUUUUAUCCCUCCCAGCUCCUGCCACCAGGUGCAGUGAGGUAUCAGUGGCCUCACCUGAGUGACCACUCCUUGCCUCUCCAGCACAAGCUGAGGUCUUCACCUGUGUGGCCACUCCUUGCUUCCCCAGCACAAGCUGAGGCAGGCCCCAGUCCUGCAAAGCACUACAGGCCCCAGAGCCUGACUCCUGCCCAUACUCCUGACAGUUGGUCUCUAAGGUGCUACUGGAAGGAUUUUUAUUCUAUUUUUUGCUUUCACUGAGUAUUUUUAUUAUCUCAGUGCCAGGCCAUUGGUCCCUGUUGCCCAAGAUGCUGACUGACAGCUGUUUUCCGUAUGUUUUCAGCUGGAACAUAAGAAGUUGCCUUAUGCCACUUCAUACCAUUGGUCCCUCUAGCGUCAUAUUGUCUACACACCAACUGGCAGCCUAUCUCCAGGGUGCUAGGAUAGAGUCUCUGUCCCUGGCCUGCCUGGAAUUGAACUAGGGACCUUCUGCUUCCAGUGCAAAUGUUCUAACGAGCUGCAGCCAUUCUCAGGAGAAGCUAGCGAUUAAAUCAAGGACCUUAAACAUGUAAGACGUACUCUCUGCAGCCGAGCUAUACGCUUAUCCGCUUGGUGUGUUUCUUUUGGGGAUGUCUUCUUCCGUUUCAGUUUGGUUCUAGAGACCCAAAUCCGGAGCAGAAGUAGGACUUCUAUAUAGUCUUGUCAUAUAGUGGCAUCCUUGCAAUUGUGACAUUAAGCUACUGAAAGGCAUUAAAAUGCCAUUAUCAAAUAAUUUGACCUGCAUGCUUUGCAGCCAGUACUUGCGGAGUAAGAAAUCUACAGCCACGGCCAGGCAUCCCAAUCCGAACAAUUUCCAGGCAUGUCUAAUCCAUUGCCUGUUCUGCUGCCCAUACCUGCAAAUGAGAGGGGAUUGUGCCCAACUCCCUAAUUCCCAAAAGAGUUAAACCACUGAAUGCAACAUACUGCGGGACUUAACAUCCUCAGGACAGAAGACAUUUCAAUAGUAGGGCUUCCAGGCUUCUAAGUCGACCUGUAGUCUCCAAAUCACAUCCUCUGAGAAACCAGGCUGUGUGUUACUUUUCCUUUGGAGUUAGCCGCUGGUUGCGUUGGCAGUGUUUUUUAUCUGUUCUAUACUCCUAUUUCAUUUUUGCAUUUCUUCCACAAGCCAAUUUUGUUGCUGUUAUUUCUUGCCAAUAGCAAAACGUAUUGCCAUGUACCAGGAAGCUGAUUCCGAGGAUGAAGAAACUGCCCCUAAACUGGCGCCGUUGUCCCAGCGGGACAGCAUUAGCAGUCACCAGAGCAUUAAGGUUGUCCACAGGAACCAGAGUACGAAAUCUCAUAGGCGCACGGGGAGCAGAGUGGAAGCCAAAAGGGCAAGCAUCCUCUCAAAGCACACGGCUUUCAGUAGCCCCAUGGAAAAAGAUAUCACGCCAGAUCCUCAUUUGCUGCAGAAGGUCGACGAAUGUGCGAGUUACCUGGAGAUCACAAGGGGCCACGACCGACCGUUAUCGCAGCUGUCCCCCGAACUCUCUGACAUCUUUGACUUUUUCAUAGCGCUGACCAUUUGCAAUACGGUGGUUGUCACGUCUCCGAACCAGCCGCGGCAGAAGGUUCGAAUCAGAUUUGAGCUGAAGUCUCCCGUCAAGACCAUCGAGGACUUCAUUCGGAGACUCACGCCCAGCCGACUGGCGUCCGGCUCCAACAACAGCAGCUCGUCCAGCCUGGCCACCAGCAAAUCGACACAGCGAGCUGGUUCCAGCAUGAUUUCGUCCGCAUCCACGGAAAGCACUUUACUCAACGAAGAAGAAAAGCUAGCUAACUCUCCCCAGGUGAAUAACAAUAGCUACGGUUCCCAGCAGCCCAAAUGGACCCUGGGGAAUGGGCUGAGAGAGGGUGAACUACGCUAUGAGGCGGAGAGCCCAGACGAAGCCGCCCUUGUCUAUGCGGCAAGAGCCUACGACUGCGCUUUGGUUGGCAGGCUUCCCGACCAGGUCUCUGUAGAGCUGCCUCACCUGGGGAGACUGACCUUUGAACUCUUGCACAUUCUGGGCUUCGACUCCAUCCGGAAACGGAUGUCUGUGGUGGUCAGGCAUCCUCUCACCGAUGAGAUCAAUGUUUACACUAAAGGAGCGGAUUCGGCUAUCAUGGAUCUCCUUCUGCCCUGCUCUUCAGAUGACCCUAGAGACAGACAUCAAAAGAAAAUCCGAAGCAAAACUCAGGAUUUCCUUAAUCUUUAUGCUGCUGAUGGGCUGAGAACUUUGUGCAUUGCAAAGAAAGUCCUGAGCAAGGAAGAGUAUUCCUGCUGGUUGAAAAGUCACAUUGAAGCAGAAUCUUCCAUCGACAACCGGGAAGAGCUGCUGUUCCAGUCGGCCGUUCGGAUAGAGACUGAUUUGCAUCUUCUAGGUGCGACUGGCAUUGAGGACCGUUUACAGGACGGAGUCCCAGAAACCAUUGCAAACCUGCGUAAGGCCGGGCUGCAGAUCUGGGUUCUAACUGGAGACAAACAGGAAACAGCCGUUAAUAUUGCUUAUGCUUGCAAGCUGUUGGACCACGACGAAGAAAUCAUCACCUUGAAUGCCGAUUCGCCGGAAAUGUGUGCCACAUUGCUGGAGCAACACUUGAAGCGCAUCGAGCCUAAAUGUUCAAACGAAGCGGCUGAGAAACCUACCGGGAACUCGCAAGUGAAGUUCACCCCUCUCUUUGUGCCGCCUUCACCGUUGGCGCGUCCCAACUUGGGCUUGGUGGUUGACGGAAGGACUUUGGCUUAUGCCCUCGACAAAGGCCUGCAGGACAAAUUCCUUUCGCUAGCCAGGAGGUGCCGCUCUGUGCUGUGCUGCCGCUCGACCCCAAUUCAGAAGGGGAUGGUUGUGAAACUGGUCAGAGACAAACUUAAAACAAUGACUUUGGCAAUAGGUGACGGAGCAAACGACGUCAGUAUGAUCCAAGUAGCUGAUGUUGGUGUGGGGAUCUCAGGGCCAGAAGGCAUGCAGGCUGUGAUGGCAAGUGACUUCGCAAUCCCAAAAUUCCGGCACUUGGAAAAACUCUUGCUUGUCCAUGGCCACUGGUGUUACUCACGGCUCGCCAACAUGGUGCUGUAUUUCUUCUACAAAAAUGCAAUGUUUGUAGCUCUUCUCUUCUGGUUCCAGUUCUACUGCGGGUUUUCCGGGUCUUCGAUGAUAGAUCAGUGGUACCUGAUCUUCUUCAACUUGUUAUUCUCAUCCCUUCCCCAACUGAUAGUUGGAGUGCUUGAUAAAGACGUACCAGCAGAUAUCUUAAUUGCUGUGCCUCAGCUCUACAAAAGUGGUCAGAACAUGGAGGAGUACCAACCUCAUAUGUUUUGGAUGAAUAUGAUCGAUGCUCUCUACCAAAGCCUGGUUUGCUUUUUCAUCCCAUACUUCACGUAUUAUGAUUCAGAUGUGGACAUAUUCUUCUGGGGAACUCCAAUCACCACCAUUGCUCUCUUCACCAUAAUAUUGCAUUUGGCUAUUGAAACCAGAACCUGGACUUGGCUGCAUUUGUCGUCUUGUGUCUUCAGCGUUGUUUUGUUCUUCAUUGUUGCUCUCCUUUACAACGCGUCUUGCCCAAUAUGUUACCCUCCAUCCAAUCCCUACUGGACCAUGGAAAAGCUGAUGGGAGAUCCUAUGUUUUAUCUGACUUGCCUCAUAACACCUACUGUUGCUUUGCUUCCGAGGUUCCUGUACAGGACGCUUCAAGGGACGGUGUUCCCCACCCAGCUUCAGCUUGGCCGCCAGUUGUCCAAGAUGCCCCCAGAUGCUCGCAACCAGUUUUUAAGCAGAUGGCACACCAAGAAGGAGGCUGGUCCCCACAAAUACACCUGCGCUCCUUACUCUCCUGAAACCCCGCAUUUCCUCGUCGGCGACUCUUUAAAAGCCUGUAGCCAAAACAGUCCCUCCAGGUUAUCUCAGCAAGGGAAAGAACAGGCUAAACAACCAAAGACCAUGCCCACCACAGGGUUAAACCCUCCUGCUCCCCCUCUUGGUGCUCAGCUAUAUGAAGGGGACGGGUGUUUUCUGUCGGCUCGCGGUCGAGAGGAAGCACCUUUGGGUUUUCACAAAGGCACUUCAGAGCUGGAGCCGAACUUAGUAGAUGAGACGUUCCAAUGGAACUCAACAGCAGACCAGGCAGACUUCGGCUUGUUGAACUGGAUCACAUCAACUUCAUUGUUCAAUGGCAUUGAAAGAGAACUGCCCUGGUUAUCCAGCAGUUUACAAAAUGGAAGGUGGGACAAUGCAGCUCCUGGUGGCUGCGGUUCUCAGGACCUCAAAGGCUCGGCGGAGCAGGCCUCAUCCUGUUUCCAGGAAGAAGGGGGGAAAGCUUCCAGUGGCUGCUUCCAUACAGAACCUCUUGAGUCCACUUGUUUAUGACAUAGGCAUUUUAGCGCAUACGGUCG